CGGACUCACUCAGCCUCUGCCUAACUUCAGCACUCGUGCUGUGCUUUCUCGCUUGCUCUUGCUUACAUGAACACCUUAUACAGCACGUCGACGAGCAUGUGCUACGCUUAUGAGCCCAGACUGUCCGCGCUAAAGAUGCCCAAGAUCCCUAGCAGGACUGUGCCCACUGGGCCCCAGUACUUCACUUUCGAUCCUCUGCCAGAGGCGGAGAAGAGUCCAGCCUACAGGAACUUCUCAAAGACAAGCAAGAUCAAAAAGCGAUCGCGGAGAGUUCUUUAUCCCCCAGUGGUGAAGCGCUACUACCCCACCGAGGAGCCCAGCUAUGCCAAACGCCUUCUCUUUGCUCUUCUCCUUGUCAUCUUCUUCCAAGUCUACAGUGCCGAAGAGGACCUCCUCCUCACAGUAGCCAUCCCAGCUACCGAGGAAAAUGCCUCCCAUUGCUCCGUGGAGGGGGUGAGCGGUUCCCACUGCGAAGCCCUCCUCCAGGAGCAGCCCAUCACUACGUCUUUCUCUGUGGAAAUCCAGGAGGUGGCCAAUGCUUCCAGCUGGCACUGGGAAGAUGAAGCAGCAUCUGAAGCUGCUGUUGACAUCACUCAAUUCUUGGAGCAAAGCCUGGCAGCUUUCUGAAGAUCCCCGGGGGGGGGGGGGAGGACUGUGAAAGCGUUUAGGCUGGAAGCCCUAAACAACAACAGUGUAGGGCUUGCCAUUGUCAAGGGCAGGACCCUGACUCUUAAAAAAGCAAUCCUCUCCCAGGCAAGACUGGAGCCACGAAUGAGCGAAUGAGCUAAAAUGCCGUUUGGAACCUCGCCAGCCGCUUCCUGGACUCUGCUAAAGUCAGCAAGACUGACGUCAAGAUGACUUGAAUCGACACUAUAUCUGCAACAGAGAGGGGGAAAUCCCUGCUUCUGCUACAGAUCAGACUUCAGGCAAGCAAAAAGAGAAGGGUGUUAAUUUAAUAUUUAUUUAUUAUUAUUAUUAUUAUUAUUAAUAUUAUGAUGAUAUGUAUAAUUUAAACUGACUUAUUUAAUAUUGUCUAGACCUAAACACUUGCAAGGGAAUUGAUUGGCUUAAACCAUGGGCUGAAAUAAAAAGAAUGUAUAAUAUUUGACUCCUUGAUGUCAGACACAAUAAAAGAGGGAACUAAGGACCUUUUCAGAUGCCCCAAGUAACUUUAAAAAAAAAAACACCGCUCUAAGAAUCUCAUGACAUAUGUUCUUCUGCUCUGGUAUUAGCCAGCAGUGUACCUUGCUAUAGUGUUGCUUACUACGUAAGCUCGUGCUCUCUGAGCAGCAGUGACAUUUUGUGAAAUUGUAGUAAAUGUAUUUGUGAAUUGCACUUUGUAUGCUGACACUAUUCCAGAUGAAUCUUCUGAACUCUGUAUGUUCUGUGAACAAAUGAAUAAACACGUUUACACCAUU